AUUCUUUCUUUUGUGACUUUUUUCCGCCCACAUAAUUCCCACAAUUUCCUACACAGUGUAUAACUUCAAAUUGUGAGAGAUAAACUUACAACUGUGAGGAAAAAAAAGUCCAUGGCAAGUGUAGAAAAUAAAUUGUUUAUUUCUCUCAAUUCUGACUUUUUUUUUCUUUUCUCAGAAUUGCACUAAACAAAAUCUGAAUUGUGAGACAAAAAGACUUAAGUACCUUUUUAAUUAUUUUUUAUAUAUGUAUUUUUAUUCUGUAGUAGAAACAGGCCUCCAUAAUAUACAGUUGGUCCUCAUCGCAAAUGUAAUUUUGCUGUAAUAACCGACAGACAUUGUUACUGAUGGACAUUAAAUAUCGAUUUGAGUUUCAGUUAUUUUAUAAUCUUAACCGUGUAUUAUCCAUACAUUUCUGCUAACAAAAAAAAAGUCCAGUGCACUGUACAAAAGCAAUCAUAUAAGCAAUGAGUCAUUAAUACUUUAAUAUUACCAGUCAGAUUGACCAUUCAGAAGUGAUUUACAGUGGACUCACUAAUUGGUCUCAAAACUGUGCAAGCAAUAAAAUGCCAGUAAUGAUGCAUUUAAGAAAAUUAUUGCAAUGAACAGUACUAAUGAAACAGUUUUCCCUCUCUUUAAGAGCACAUGUUGGUGCAAAAGGCUAAAACUUUCAUCUUUAAAAUUGUAAGGAUGUAUCAAAAAUUAUUGUUCAUAAACGAUUGCAUCUGCAUCUAUCCAUUUAAAAAAAAAAGUUAACUCUUUCAUAAAAAUGUUUACACAACUAGACUUGCAGUAUUCUGCCAAAUUCUCAAGGAAAGGCAUGGAAAAUAAACAACUGUGCAUUCAUGUAUAAAUGCUGCAGAUCACCAGAUAUAACACUCCACUGUGCAAAACACUGCUGACAUUAGAGCUAUUUAAGGGGCAAAAAAAAAAGCUUUCCAGAUGCUUUCUUUAAAAGUCUGAUUCUAUUCUCUCCACCACUCGGAUAUACUUAAUGGAAGAGGCAUUUCAUUGGGCAGGAAAUAUGGUAGAUGUCACUCAGACAAUCCCAUGUGAAAUCUAGGAAUUGCUUUUUGAGGUAAAUGCCUUUGAUGCAUAUAAUUUGACACAUCUUACACAGGAUCCCUCUUUUCUUGUGACCAGAGCAAACCACUCCCUAAGCUUGAGGUUUUCCUGGUCUUGGCACUGUCUGAGUCAUAAUAAUACGUUAAAAAGCAUUCCCAUCAGCUAAGACUUUCAAUGUCUCCUUGGACUGGCCAUUUUCAGAAGCUUCUGUGGUCUGCCGAGGGGAGAUGCAGGUUUUACUCUGUCUGGUUUGUGCAUUUGGCCUUUUCGGUCAGUAUCAUCCAGCACCUUUACCACUGGUGCAUCCGUCAAGACCUGCACAGAAUGGCCUGUCCCUGGCAACAAAAUACCUGCAGCAAUUCUACAGUUUCCAAGCAGAUCCUACAGGCCGCAGGAGGAGGAGUCGUCCCUCGUUCUCUUCCAAACUAAAAGACAUGCAGAGCUUUUUUGGGCUCAACAGGACAGGAACCCUGAACCCAGACACCCUCGCUGUCAUGAGGACUCCUAGAUGUGGCGUCUCAGAUGUGGAGGAUUACAGUCACAGACGUGGAAACAGGUGGAAGAAAAACAUCAUCACUUAUGGUGUCGGGAGAUACACCAGUGACUUACCAGUGAAUACAGUGGACGCUCUGAUCGCGUCAGCUCUAGAUGCAUGGGCAAAGGCCAGCCCUCUCACUUUCCAGAGGUCAUAUUCUCACCAGGCAGACAUCAUGGUAGAGUUUGUUGGAAACGAACAUGGAGACUCCUUCCCCUUUGAUGGUCCAGACGGCACACUGGCCCAUGCUUUUGGCCCAGGGGAAGGCAUCGGUGGAGACGUUCAUUUUGAUGAAGCUGAAGCAUGGACGGCUGGGUUCAAAGGGUUUAACUUGUAUGUAGUAGCUGCACAUGAGUUUGGUCAUGCACUUGGUUUGAAACACUCGCAAAACCCAGAGUCAGUGAUGUAUCCGACAUACAAAAAUAGAAAAACACACAACCUGCUCUCCAGUGAAGAUAUCAUGAACAUCAACACACUCUAUGGGCCAAGGGACAAAAGGCCCUAUCCAUCUCCAAGAUUUAGCUGGAGCUAUCCCAGCAACCCCUGGUACAGCGGUUCAUAUUUCCCCGUGUCAUUCAAGGACACAUGUAAUCCCGAUCUGACUUUUGAUGCUGUGACUACUGUAGGAGAAGCCAUUUUCUUCUUCAGAGACAAAUACUUGUGGAUCAAACACAAUAAUCAAAAUGAUAUAAAGGAAGGUCCCAUCAGCAAUUUCAUGCCAAAAAUUGACUGUCAGAUCGAUGCUGCUUACUGGGUCCCCCAGCGGUCAACAGCGUAUCUGUUCAACGGGACAACUUUCUGGACUGUGAAAGGAUCCCAAGUAAAAGGCAGACCGAAAAACAUCAGCAGUCUGGGGUUCCCAUCAUGGGUACAGCAGAUAGAUGCUGCGGUCCACAUUCACAAAACUGUACACACCCUAUUCUUCACCCAACACCAGUAUUGGAGGUAUAAUGAACACAACAAGACAAUGAAUGACUCAAGCCCACGUAACAUUUCUGAUGAUUUCACAGAAAUAAAUGGACCCAUAAGUGCAGCAAUUUAUAAAGACGGUUCUCUUCAUUUCUUUGUUGGCUCAGAUGUGUAUAAAUAUGACGAAUAUCUGCAGCAGUUCUAUCACCUGAAGAUGCGUAGUCGCAGUAAGAGGCAUGCAGAUCUAAAGAAGGAGAAGAUCAGAGCAAUGCAACAUUUCUUUGACCUGAAGGAAAGUGGUCUUCUGGAUUGGAAAUCCCAGGAUGUGAUGAGAGAGGCAAGAUGUGGAGUACCUGAUGUGGAGAACUUCAGCUUUUAUCCUGGACGGCCCAAAUGGAAGAGAAACACCAUCACAUACAGGAUUGCUAGAUAUACCCCUGACCUCAGUCGAGAAGAGGUGGAGAACUCCUUGCGUUUGGCUCUAAAAAUAUGGAGUGAAGCUGCUGCUCUAAAGUUUGUCCAAGUAAAACAUGGCACGGCAGAUAUUACGUUCUCCUUCAAAUCCAAAGCUCAUGGAGACUUCUUCCCUUUCGAUGGCCCAGGAGGGGUGCUAGCCCACGCUUUUGAGCCUGGAGAGGGCAUCGGAGGAGAUGUACACUUUGACGAUGAUGAAACAUGGACAGUGGGACGCGGCAGACCAGGAUACAAUCUGUUCACGGUGGCAGCUCAUGAGCUCGGUCACUCUUUGGGUCUGUCUCACUCACGGGACCCCGCUGCUCUCAUGUAUCCAGAGUACAAGUUCCUCAACGCUGCAACGUAUAACCUGCCAAGAGACGACACACUGGGGAUUCAGGCUCUGUAUGGAAAGAAAACAAAACAACAGAAGACACCUGUAAUCCCCAAUAAGUGUGAUCCCAACUUUUCUCUUGAUGCGGUGACAGUACUCGGAAAAGAAAUUAUCUUCUUCAAAAACAGUUACAUGUGGAUGAGAACAAACUGGAAGACACACUGGAGACUAAGAGAAGGUCCUCAGAGCGUUUUUCUACCAAGCAUCACCUCCCCUGUAGACGCAGCCUAUAACAUUCCUUCUAAACGAGUGGUUUAUGUGUUCACAGGUCCUAAAUAUUGGGUAGUUCAGAAACUGGAGUCAAAGAGCUAUUAUAGCUCCAUCUAUGAAUUUGGAUUUCCAGAAACAGUGAAACAAAUAGAUGCUGCUGUUCAUGUCAUUGAACGUGGAAAGACCUAUUUUUUCAGUGGAGACUACUAUUUCAGUUAUGAUGAGAAAAGAAGUUUGAUGGAUCGUGGAUUUCCAAGGAAAAUUCAUAUGGAUUGGCCUGGGAUUGUUGGGAAAGUGGAUGCAGCUUUUGAACUCAAUGGUAAUGGACUGAAUCAUUUUCUACCAGUGCUCUCUGUAAAACAUUUUCCCCUGGAAUUACAUGCAUGUUUUUUUCUCAACAGGACAUGUUCAUCUCUUCUGCAGAUCAAAGGCAUUUAUCUUCAGCCAUCAGAAAAGACGUUUGCUAUACAUUAUGAACACAAAUGCUUGGUUUGGCUGCUAAGAGUUGAAAAAUUAGAAGAUAUGUUCACAAGAAGCACAGGAAGGAAUUGUGUGAUCGACUAUUGUGCCUCAUAUCAAAUGUUAAAUAAGCUUAGCUGUACAGUAUCAAGAGAUAUCUGAAUCUUUCACGUGGAAUCAUCAGUGAAUUAAUAAAUGUUCUCAAAUCACUUAAUAUCCAUGACUGCAUUAUGCUUUAAAAAAAUAAAUGCACAU